CGUCCCUAUCUCUACCCAGGCCAUUUUCAAAGCUUUACAUAAGGAAUCGAUCUCAAAAUGAUAAAAGCUCACAAAACAAAUUGAAAGAGAAAAGAAGAAGGGUCCAGAGAACCUUGAAGUAACUUAAGGAUUGAGAACAUGGGAUUGUGGAACUGGCCUUGGAGCACGGGACCAUCCGGCUUUGGCUCAUCUUCUACCGCCGAAGAGGUUACCGAAGGAAUUGACGCUAGCCAUCUCACGGUUAUCGUCACAGGUUCAUCCGAAAAUUCCAUAUCAAUUAUUCAGAAUCUGAUGCCUGGAGCAACAAAUGGCAUUGGGAAAGAGACUGCAAGAGUAUUAGCACUAAGAGGAGCAAAAGUGAUAAUGCCGUCGCGGACUCUGGAGAGUGGCAUGAAGGCGAAAGAGAGCCUCCUCGAGCAAAAUCCGAAUUCGAAACUCGACGUUAUGGAGAUGGAUCUCAGCUCCCUCGAAUCCGUUCGGAAGUUUGCGCAGUCCUUCAAUUCAAGAAACAAGCAUUUGAACAUUCUAAUCAACAAUGCAGGAAUAAUGGCUUGCCCAUUCCAGCUAUCGAAAGAUGGAAUAGAGUUGCAGUUUGCUACAAAUCACCUUGGGCAUUACUUGCUGACAAGUCUUCUACUAGACAAACUGAAAACUACAGCUAAAGAAACAGGAAUUCAGGGAAGGAUUAUAAAUGUCUCGUCGACUGCUCAUAGAAGCAGCGACGGAUCUUUCUUCGAUCUGGAGAAGUUAAAUGAUCAGUCCAGGUACAAACCUUUCGGUGCAUAUGCUCAUUCGAAAUUGGCAAACAUACUCCAUGCAAAUGAGCUCUCUAGGCGACUACAGGAAGAGGGAUCGGACGUGACCGCCAACUCUUUGCACCCAGGAGUUAUAGUGACCAAUAUAGGUCGCUACCUUACUUCAAACGCCGUGGUAUUUACACUACUAGCUACUUUGGUAAAACCUUUUGUGAAAAGUAUACCCCAGGGAGCUGCAACUACUUGUUAUUUAGCGUUGCACCCGAAUCUAAAGGAUGUAAGCGGAAAAUACUUCGCUAACUGCAACGAAACAACACCUUCUGCCAAAGCAAGAGAUGGAGAAUUAGGUAAAAGGCUCUGGGAGUUUAGUGAAGAACUUCUCCAGAGAAGCAGCAAGGCGACAAAAUAAUGUUAAUAUAAAGCACUAUAUAUCACUUACAGUAGCAUGAACAAUUCACUAACCAAUGCAUUGCAUUGUUAUCACCUCUAGCUUAAAGAUCAUUCAAAUUAUCCUUAUAUUUAGAAAAUAAAAAUGCCAGAACUUGAUGCCUUCUCUUUUGAAUCCGGAAAAUCUGAUUGUGGUGCUUUAUACCUUCCCUAAAUUCAGAAUUAGGAUUGGUAAUUGAUUGGUUUCUUUUACCAAUCCCUCUACAUCUCUUUCGUCGCCAGUUCUUUUGGCAUUGCUUUAUUUAAUUUCCAAUCUUUCUACAAGUUCAUUUGUUUUUUUUUUCUCUGUUCUAAUGUCAAAUUGCAAUGAUCAGUUUCUGCUCCAAA